AUGAAGGUUAGUAGUGAAAUGAAGACUGGCUUACAGCAUACUCUACAUAUUAACAACGAUUCCGACGAUAUGGCGACUGGCAUUUCUCAUGAUUUUGAUGCCCUGUCUGAUAAUGACCAAGGUAGAGAUGGUAUUAUAAAGUCCAAGGUAGAGAUGGUAUUAUUUUUACUAGAUAAAUUUUGUAUUGGAGACAAUUUUUAUCACGAAAUGACUAUGUUGUUUUAUGACCUGCCAAGAUCAUAUUUGGUGAAGCAAAAGAGAACUCAGUUAAAUGAGAUGUGCCAUAUUACAUCUACACCUGGUGAUGAAGAAGGUGCACAGGUGUCCUUCAAGGAGCUACUAAAAGAGAGGACCAAAGACUAUGUUACAACCCACCCAACUGAAAUUUUUUUACACCACCCCCCAUCAACAAUUUUGGGAAAAGAAAUAUUAAUUAGUGACUGAAAUGUUUGUGGCCACGACCUUUCGUUUGGGCAAAACAAUCUCACCUCCCCCAGCCGUAGUACAGAAGUUUCGCCCCUGGUGCCAAAUUAGAUUUAUGUGUUUGAAUUAGAUUUUAUUCUGAUUUAAUAGAUGCACAGCCAAAAUUUUGAAUUCUCUUUAAUUUAUAAUCUGCACAUUCAUAUAUAUCGAAAAGUGGUCUCAUGACUCCCAUCCACCCUUAUUUACACCCCCAUUUUACCAAUGUCCCAUACCCCCUUUUUUGAAAUGAGGCUGAGAUUGCCUUGUGGUUUGCCUGGUCGUUUGGACUGGAAGUAAAGAGCAUGAAGGUUAGUGGUGAAAUGAAGACUGGCUUACAGCAUACUCUACAUAUUAACAAUGAUUCCGACGAUAUGGUGACUGGCAUUUCUCAUGAUUUUGAUGCCCUGUCUGAUAAUGACCAAGGUAGAGAUGGUAUUAUAAAGUCCAAGUUAGAGAUGGUAUUAUUUUUACUAGAUAAAUUUUGUAUUGGAGACAAUUUUUAUCACGAAAUGACUAUGUUGUUUGAUGACCUGCCAAGAUCAUAUUUGGUGAAGCAAAAGAGAACUCAGUUGAAUGAGAUGUGCCAUAUUGCAUCUGCACCUGGUGACGAAGAAGGUGCACAG